UUUAACACCGUGUUAGGAGGUGCUGCCUGGAGCGGGCAAGUUUUGGCGACAUGUAUCCUAGUUUAGCCACGCAGAGGGACAUUGUAGCGCGCAACAAAUCCUGUAGCAGCGACAAAGAAAUGUUUUUGUGAUAGUUGAGAAACAUUUUCGUGUUGCGCUCUUCAAAAUUUGUCGCGCACUAUUUGUUUUUGGUGGUGGCUAAACUAGGAAUCAUUUAGGAGGCAUGUGGCACGCUUGCUACAUGUCGUGUUGGACAUGUCGCAAGUCUAGCCAGGGUCUUUAGAAGAUUUUCAUCGUGGUGUGAAGAACAACUGCUGAAAUUUAUCAGACAGAGUGCUUAAAAUUUUACUUCUGACGGUGGACGGGCGCUGCUUUGUCAUCCCAGUGUGCAGGAUAUUUUAAAAUAAGUAUCUUUUGCUUUGACGCUCGUGUGUGUUUGCGGCUGACCACACAGACAUGUACUUGUAAAAACCUGCUGGUAACUUUAAAAAUAACCAAACAACUCAAUCCAACUCUCAAUACAUAACUAACCUAGGUGGUUAUAGGAGUAUCGAGUCCUUCAAAUGCAGGGAGAGUUCGAGAGUAGAGUAGAAUACCUGAAAAGUUUGCUAAACAUUGAAUUCUACGGCGCGUGCGAUGAUACGAAGACGUCUAGCUCUCCUCUGGGUCCGCAAAUGAAGCAACUCCACCAGAAUGUUUUACAAGGAAAAGUGAGAUCCAAAGAAGUGGAAAUUCUUCUUCAAAACAUCGCGCAACUGAGGAAAGACAUCAAAGCUAAAAGCAAUGACAACCUGACAAAGUUUACACGUAAUUUUGAGUGCUUUUUGAAGCUGAGGGAAGAACGAGAGUUUUUGAUAUCUCGCGAGAUUGAAAGAGAAGAGGAGAGCUUCUGUGCUCUAGUUUCAGGAGUGCAAACUGCGAGUAAGCCAGUGGAUCAGCUUACAGAGGAUGAGUUCUGGGGAAACUCACAGCAGCUUUUAGGAGGAAAGAUUGUUGGUGAUUCACUUGGUGGAAUUGACCCGGUAUUUGGCGCAUUACUCAACCCAACAGGAGGUAUGGUAGGUCCUGGUAGCUGCAGUGUUACACACAGUCUCCUCUAUCGCGAUGGUAACGCCUUCUCCUAUCAUGCCGCUGUGCACGAUGCUUGCGGAUACCUGUUAACCUAUCACGGUCUGGGACCUGGGUACAACUACCUCGGUCACAAGUGGACGUUCCAUCCGACAAACUCAUUUUUCGCCGGUCAAUAUUCCGGUUAUAUGUUUUUCCGUGAUUUAAUAAAGCGUAAUGCCGAAGAAAAUAUAGUGGUGACAUAUUACUAACUUCUGUGUCAUUUUUUUUAGUUUGUAUAUCAAACCUCAAAUAUUGACACCGUCACAAUACAUUGGAGAUAAAAUAUAUACAUAUAGAUGUUGUGUGAGUUUUGGAUAGACUAAUGAAACAUUAGACAUUUGUUGA